CACCUGUCUGCUGUAGAUAAGGCUGGUCUCAGCAGGCCCCCAGGUGUCAGGAUUCAAACACCACUGCUUGCCCUGCAUGGUCCAGAGUGACUCCCAUUGUCUCCAAAGAGCCCCACAGAGGUUGCUGUUUGUCCCUGCAAUCAAAUCUGCCCCUAAACCUCCCACCCUGGGGGAGAUUAAGCAGAACUACCUGGGAGAAGAGAAGCAGGACACCCCCCCAUAUCAGACUGGAAACCAAGGGAAGGCCUUUGAGGCUGGGUUUGUAUUCCCAAUGCAGAACGGGAGGCGGCGGUGGCAGAGUGACUGCCAGUGAGGAAUUAGAAGCGGUGUCCUAGUGUUGCUUUGGCAAUAUCUUUUAUCGGACCAGUGCUACAGCCCGGAGAGAGGCUAGGCAAGCUUUCAGACACAAAAUGCCUUUCCCCAGGUCUUAGGAAGCCUUAGCUAAACACCAGGUAGAACAGGCUAAUGACUUCUGUCGUGUAAAUGAAAGCAGGCACUUAAGAAGGGAAGUGGGCAGGAAGCCUGAGCUGUCAGACAGGCGCAGGGGCCCCAUGGACAGAACUCAUCACCAUGCACUGCUGCACCUUGGAGAUUUUCUAGUGUUGCUGCAAAUCCGCCAGGCCUGGUCCUCCUGGAGGCCUGGGGACAGGGCAUCCCACUGAGGGGAAGUAUACCAUGCUCUUUCUCAAUGCCCUCCAAAUGCCACAUCUAUGAAUCUACAAUCUAUGAAUCCAAAGCAUCCAGCACUGGCGUCCCAGGGGUACAAGACACGCCGUGUGCUGGGCCACCAGUCAGACCUGGCACUGCAGGUCUACGUUGGAACAUGCUAGGCAGGGGCUCAAGUCAUUGCCUCUAUCCCUGGGAAUGUGAGGAUACUCUGCUGGAUGCUUCUAAGGGGAAAUGGAGAAUUGGUUAAAAGAUGAGAGGUGUCAAUGGAAGAAUAAAGCCAUCUGCAGGGUAGAAAGCUCCUCGUCAACCCGUCUCACCAAGGGGAAAGGCCAUUACUUAGACUCUGCUCCCAAUGGGGCUCUGCUCAGCUGCAAACUAAGCACCGGUGCCUUUUACUUCUGAACGCUGGAACCGACGUAUCCAUCACCAGGAACACGACCCCGGCUCCUGCCCUCCCUCACCAGCCACAUCCCGAGCUGGGAGCUCCACGACGCUGCAGCGGGGCUGCCAGCCCCCUGCUAGAUUUCACAUGUAGGUGGUGGGUCACCACCCCGCGCAGCUCCUUCAACGCCUGACAGCGGGGGCCAGUGAAAGCACGCUGAGAGCCGCCAGGCACGGCACGGCAGAGGGAAACAAACUGAGAAAGGCCUGGAGCUGAGACCUGGGUGCCCUCCUUGCCUCUGCCACAGACUCCCCAUGGGGCCUUCAGCAAGUCACUUAGGCUGAGGUUUCCAGCAGUGCUGAAGAACAUAAGCACGGCCAUGGCCUGGGUGAGACCCCGGGUCCCUCUCGCCCUGUCUCCUGUGUUGCACUGCAGCCGGCAGGGAGAGUGACCUGGGUCUGACCAGGAUAUUUGCCCGUUCCUCUCUCACUUGCAGCCUUCAGCAUUUAAUGGCUGGAAAGCUCUGAUUCAGAGACCAUGCCUCUCACCCCCAGGCCUAUGAGAUUGGGUGUCCAAACCCCCUCGGCAGAAGCUUUUAGCCCCCGGGGUUCCAGGUGCCUUUCCAUAAAUUGGGGAUAGGUGUCCUUGCAGGUCUGCGCCUGGGACUCAAGGACAUCCUACUGUCUGAGCAGCUGGGCUGGGACUCGUGUGGCUGGGCUCCCCCUUUCCAGCUCUGCUCAGCCCCUCCUUGCCACCCCCACGGGUUUCUCUCGGGUUACUUGGCAGAUAUAUUUUCUGAGUGUGGUCAAGUCCUUGGUGUGGCCUGGUCCUCCCUCCUGCCCCGGCCCUGGGAUGGGGGUCCUGGGCUCUUUGGCUCACGCUGAAGGCUGUGGAUGAAAGGUGAUCAGCUGCCAAUGGCAGGGCAAUCUCUGCCCCACACCUGCCCCCCAGGAGGGGCCUGUGUGGGGAGGAUGAACCUAUUGCCAGUGCUGGGAGGUGGCUUGGGUUUCCCACUGAGUUUCACACAGACAUCAAAGCAUCUCCCCCUCCAUCGUGGAGCUGAGAAGUUGCAGGCCCACACGUAGCUCCCCCCACCCCAGGCUGCCCAAUCCCUGCCUCACCCACCUUGGAGCAGGCAGGGAGGGGCACCUGCUAAGGCUUCCAGCCAGUGAGAAAGGAACUGGGCCUCCGGGCUUGCUGCAGAAGAGGUUUAAAUCCCAGGGGGGACUCCAGCCCCUCCUCAAUGAGCCCUGAUGCCUGACAAGCAAGGCUGGGGCCCAACUCCCAACACUGGGCUCAAGGGCUGGGGCGUAAGACUUGAGCAGCAGGACUGCGGCGACGUUGGACACCAUGAGCUCGGCUCCCAGCCACCAGCAGCUGGACCAUGUCUUCAGCGCGGUGGAGAGCGGGCUGGAAGUGGGCAGCGAGAAGGGGGAUGCCUUGGAGAGGGAGAUCAAGGUGGAGCUGGAGGAGAAGGAGCUGUGGACGAACUUCAAGGAGCUCACCAAUGAGAUGAUCGUCACCAAGACGGGCCGGAGAAUGUUUCCUGUGCUGAAAGUCAGCAUCUCAGGCCUGGACCCCAACUCCAUGUACUCGAUCCUGCUGGACUUUGUGGCUGCAGAUGGGAAUCGCUGGAAAUACGUCAAUGGAGAGUGGAUCCCGGGUGGGAAGCCGGAGCCCCAGAGCCCAAGUUGUGUCUACAUCCAUCCUCAAUCCCCCAACUUCGGGGCUCACUGGAUGAAAGCCGCCAUCACCUUCAGCAAAGUCAAACUCUCCAACAAGAUGAACGGAGGAGGGCAGAUCAUGCUGAACUCCCUCCAUAAGUACGAGCCCCGUGUCCACAUCGUGAAGGUUGGGAGGCCACAGAAAAUGAUCAGCAGCUUUUCCUUCCCGGAAACUCAGUUUAUUGCCGUCACUGCUUACCAGAACGAGGAGAUCACCGCCUUGAAGAUUAAACACAAUCCCUUUGCCAAAGCCUUCCUGGAUGCCAAGGAGAGGUGCAACUCCAAAGAUGUUCUCGAAAGCAGCAGUGAAUCUCCCCAGGCUGCCUGUUCACAGAUUGGGGGCUGGUUCCUGCCAGGCACCAGCCCCUUCUGCUCCUCUGCUGCCCAGACUUCACUGUCAGGAGGUCCUGGCCUCUCACCCAGCCCCAGCUCGUACUGCGAGCAGUAUUCCAGCCUACGGAGCCACAGACCCGCUCCCUACCCAAGUCCCUACAGCCAGAGGAAUGCCUCACCAACUAAUUAUGUGGAUAGCUCUGCUGGCCUCUCCAUGCUGCCUGCCCCUGACAGCUGGUCAGGACUGAGUCUCUCCAGCUCCGCUGGGGUCUUGCCCACCGCUGCCUCUAACACAAGCCAAUAUCCCAGCCUGUGGCCCCUCACCAGCAACUCCAUCAGUCCUGCUCCCCAGUCCAGCUCUAACCCCCCCUUCUUGAGAGGCUCUCCAGUCUCUUACAGCAGCUUGGCUCCUACUCUCCCAGCCCCCUCGCCCUCCCCAGUCUAUGACAACGUUCUUCUGCCAGAGAUGCCUGCAAGUGAUAGUCAGUACGACUCCACUAUUGCUCGCCUGGCAUCCACGUGGGCAACCAUCACUCAGAGUUACUGAGGCUGAGAAGAUGGCUCCUGUCCUCUUAAAGGGUAACAGGCAGAGGGCAACGCAAGGGGCAUCUGAGCUCAAUCCUCUCCAAGGCAAGGCUGUGAGCACCCUGAGUCUCUCAGACUGGUGCCGAGAGCAACCUUCUGCCAGAAGAGAAUGCUUCUCCAAUUUCACUGCUUUUUAGCAGCCAUGGCACGAAAUGGAAGUCUAAAAAGCCUCCUGAGUGACUGGAGGAUGACCCAGGUGGCACUCUGCAUUCAACAGAACCAGGAGAUGGCUUUCUAGGAGAGAAUCUGUUUUCCCUGAGUUUGGAAAGCCAAGACGACAAAUGUAUCUUGGCUGCCUUGAAAGAUAUCUGAACAACUGAACGUUCUUUCCAACUGCUCAAGACUCCAGAAGAUCGCAAUCCAUCCAGGCAGCGCGUCAUCUCUUGCAAGCAGGAGACCCGCCAAAGCGGUAGAACAGAUAAGCAUGUGCCGCCCAGGGCCCCGCCAAGCUCUGGGUAUGAUCUGUGUAGAACUUUACUUGUAAAUAAACCUUUUUUGCAAACAA